CAGCGCGGACUGAGAUAUAUACUUUAAUCCAUGGUAAAUAGUAUUUAACAUUUUAAUUUUUAACAAUUAAAUUUUAUCACAGUAUUCACAGAAAUUUUAACAAACAAAAGCGACAUUAGUAUUAUUUUUACUGUUUGUUAUUAAAAAAAAAAAAAGUGAUAACGUUUUUUAAUAAAUACCGUCAAUACCGAUAGUAUGUUACUAUCCCUAAUGGGUUUAAAUUCCUAUACACGAAUAAUGCAUCAUUAUUGAAGUUCCUAUUUUAAGUUAUAACUGCAAUUAGAAAUUAAAUCGAAUACAGAUGGCUUCUACUUCGGGUCCGUCAGGAUCUGAAAAUCCCACCGAUAACUUGAAAAAAGAACCAUCCAAAGGUAUUCUAAAGCCUUCUGUCAGUUAUGAAGAAAAAGAGAAACAGAAAAAAAAUACAAAUAAGUCUGCUAAAUGGGACGAGAUGAACAUAUUAAAGACUUUACACCCACCAGAUAAAGACUAUGGUCAUAUGAAAGUGGAUGAACCAAAAACACCAUAUGAACGGGAAAUUAAUGAAGAUGACGACGAAAUGGAUGGCGGUGUAAAUGCAGAAGAGCUGAGAAAAAGGAUCGAAGAAGGCGGUAGACGGAGAAGUAGUUCAUUUCAAUCAGAAGAAGAAGAACCUGAAUCUGAAGAUGAAUCUCCAGAAGACAAAAUUACAAGAGAGAUAUUUGAAAAAAAAAGAAAACAACAUUAUAAUGAAUUUCAGACUGCAAAAAUACUAGCCAAACAAAUGAUGGAUGAAGAUGAAGAUGAAGAUGAAAAUGAUGAUAAUAUUAAACAAAAUGAAGCCAGUCUGGUAUAAAGUUCAUUUAUCUUGUUUGUAUGUUUUCUAAAAGCUUAUUGCACAAUAUUGAAGAACAAAAAUUUAUUGUGAUGUAUUAUAUUGUUAUUUUAUAGAGAUAACCUUUUGCAUACUUGGCAAUUUGUUAACUACAAAUAUGAAUUACUUAUCAUUUCAUGUAUUUUUCAAAUAAUAAUAAUAAAAAAAUUAUUGAUCAUAAAUUAUUACUUUUAAUAUGGGAAAUUUUCAUAGCUUAUUUGAAGCACGUUUAGUUAGUUUUUAUAAAAUAGCUUAUAAACUUAAAACAUGUUGCCUAACACAGAAUUUAUGUAAAAAUUAUAUAACAAAUAUAACAUUCAACAUUUUUAAGUGUAUUUUAAUUAUUUAUUUAUUCUGCUAUAUUCUUGUUGUCAGUUUUUAGAUAGGACAUCUAAAUAUUUUAUCAAAAGUCAAGUACUUUUAUUUCCUGAAUUAAUGCACGCUUAUUGCUUAAUGAGACAAAAUAAAACAAAUUGUUUUAUUAUUAAUGUUAUUUAUACAGUUACAAAAUUGUUUUUAGUUGAGUUUCAUAUUAAAAUAUGAAUAUUUUGUUAGGAUUUUCAUUUUUGGUUUCGUCAUGUAGGUUAAAAUAAAUUUUUAUAGUAAUAAUAACUGUUAAAUUUAAUAUGAAUUUAUCACUGUUAUUUGUUGGGAUAAAAUGCUGGUUCUGCUUUGAUUACAAUUUAAAAUGUGUUAUUUCAUUUUCAAUCAUAACUCUUAGUGUCAUUAAACAAUUUAAUGAACAAUGUUUUUAAUGGUUUAAGAAAAUUUGGUGUGUAUAAAAACUAAAUAUAAAUACAUUCAUAAUCUGUUCAGAAUCUUUAAUUUAUUCUAUUGUUUCAUAUGGUUACGUUUGGAAAGAUAACACAUUUUAUUGUUGAAUACAAUAUCAUUUUUAACUGAAUAACAAAAUAAGUAUAAAAUAUUUUAUUUUGAAUGGAUGGAUUUUAUUAGUGAUUUUCUUUAUGCAUAAAUAGUAAUACAUUAUAACUUUAGUAUUAUAAUAGUCUCAUGGUAAAUUUGAACCUAUAAUUUAUAAACCCUCAACCUUAAAUUUAUUUUGUACUUGAUCUUGUUUAACAUAGAUUUGUAAAAAUUAAUAAUGCCAGGAUCUUUGUUUUCAUACCUAGUUUGUUGACAAAUUUCUAGACUAUAUUUUUCUUUCUGUAGACAGAAGAAAAAUCACUAAAAAAUAAGACUUAUAAGUUAUAACUUUCUAAUAAUGAAAGCUUCAGAUACUUUAAGUUUCAAAAAUAUAUUUAUUUUACAAGAUUAUCGUUAUAGAUUUUCAUUUAAGAGUUUGUGUGUUCCUUAUGUAUGUUUUAAUUUUGAAAGUAUUAAAAAAAAAAAAAAUUGUGUUAAGUGUUACUCAAUUAUAAAACGAGAGACUACAUUGUAUAUUAGAUUUUUUCUAUAUCUAUAAGAAACACUAUAAAAAUUAUAGUUUGUAAUACUUUUAUCCUCUAAUAUUAAAAUAAAAAAUUAUGAACUGUUAAACUGUACGUUUUAUAUAUUUAUUAUAACAUGACAUAUUUACUAACAACUUUAGUUUAAAAAAUUGUACAUGAGAUAAUUAAAUUUUUUGAUUUAAAAAAAGUGUUAAUUUUAAAUAGAAAAUAUUUCAUAAUAUAUUUGAUAUGGUGUUUGUUAUUUUGUUAACUAUUAACCAUUAUUAGUUAAAUAGUCAAAUAGAUUAUUUAAGUUAUAAUUUUGUGUAAUAAAAUAAUAAGUAAUAACCUUAAUAAAGUAAUGUACAAUAUUUACCAUUAUACAUGUGUAUACAUUAUAUAUUUUUUUUUUAUUGACUCUUUUAUAUAAACUAAAUAAAUAUGUUGACUAGAACUUUGUUCUCAAUCGAUGAGUCGCGUAAUACUAUUAUGUGUUGUUUAAAAAUUGCAUUGACCAAUUUUUUUAUAUUUUUGUUUUAUGAACUCUUAAGUUAAACCAAUUUAUACUUAUUGUUUUAUUUCUUUUCAAAAGCUCACUAAAUAUUUUAAGUGUGCCAUUUAUUAGAAUGUAAAUUAGAUUAUCAUUGUGACAAAAAGGUUGAUAACCACCAAA